UCCUGGCCUUCAGCAAGGGAGACGCUCACCUACCUGCCUUCAGACACGCAAUCAAGCACCUGAUUUUUGCCUCAAAACAGCAGUCUAGUCAAAAUAACUUUGAUGUGGUGUGUGUGACGUAACAUAUGGUUUCCUUUUGGACAAUGUACAGAAAUAUGUUUUGCUUUAGAAACUUUGCACUUGUGUUCUUUUCGCCUCUGAUUUGGUGGAUGGACAGUUCACUGGUCUAACGGAAGGAGUGGACGCAUGGAUGCAAAAUAUCUGUGAUUGGCUGUGAUAUUUCCCGAAACAUAAAUCCUCUGAACACUAUACGUCGAUGGUGCCCAAGAAGAAGAAAAAAGACAUCAUGAACACCUUAUCGCCUCUAACAGUUCCUCUGUGGCUAUAAUGGCUGAUGAAAAUACUCCUUGAAAAGAACAAAAGAAGAAAACACCUUUUGAUUUUUCUUUGUUGAUCUUUACGUUGUACGGGAGACAACGGAAGGAAAUCGGGAGUGUGUUUUUUCUUUUCUUGAAGUGCUCUAGUGUCUAAACAAUAUUUUUCUUUCACAUUUUUUUUUUAUUUUUCAUAAUUGAUUAGCUUCAGUUAGAUCGAUGGCCACUUCUUAGGCACUGGUUUUGGUUGGCACUCCCUUACUUGCAAUAAUAAUAACAUGUACAGAAACGAUAGACGGCUGUUUUCACUUUUAGUUCAUCCAAGACACUAUUAGUUUGUUUGUGUGUUUGAAAGAAGAGAAAAAAAAUGCUUUGAGCUCACUUAGCCAUACGGAUUUUCACACAUGCAGACCCUUACAAAAUAAAAAUAAAAAAAACAGAAAGGAAGCCAACAAAAAACAAAACGAAAAGAAUUCCCCCUCCCCCCUCCGGUAAAAAAAAAAAAGAAAGAAAGAAGUAAACAAAAACGAGAGUAAACAAAACACGUAAGGAAAUAAACCCGCCCCUUUAAACACUCCCGAAAAGAACCAACGACAAAACAAAUUCAUAGAAAAAAUAAAGAAACUAGAUAAAUAGCGAACGGAGCGAAAGAACAGCGAGAGAACAGAGAGGGAGAGGGAGAGAAGGAGAGAGAAGAAAGAGAGAGAGAGAGAGCAGCAGCAGCGAGAGAAAGAGAGAGAGAGAGAGAGCAGCAGCAGCGGCCACGACCUCCCACGCAUCCUCCUCCAGCAUCACCAACAUGAAUGAGGCAGAAGAAAUGGACUUCGAGAUGGAGGCCAACAGGGAGGCUGGGAUGGAGGAUCUGGAGGAUGAUAAUACAGGAAUCGAUCCCUUCCUGGAUUUCUUGCCCAAUUACAUCCUCUGCAACCAGUCCAAUUUCACGAACCUUCCACUUUGCAACAACAAGACUCUGGAGGACGAGACUCUCUUCGAGUAUGGCUUCAUCGUCGCCAUCGUCGUCCCCAUCAUCUUCGGCAUCAUCUUCCUCGUUGGUCUUUUCGGCAACACACUCGUCGUGAUCGUCAUCAUCAUCAACAGACAGAUGAGAUCCACGACAAAUUAUCUUAUCUUCAGCCUGGCAGCGGCAGACCUCCUCUUCAUCGUCUUCUGCGUCCCUUUCACGGCUUCAGAUUACAUGCUGAAGUCUUGGCCAUUCGGGCGAGUGUGGUGCCAAACGGUGCAGUACCUCACCUACGUCACGGCGUAUGCUUCGGUCUACACGCUGCUUCUACUCUCCUUUGACAGGUUCCUCGCUGUGGUUCAUCCGAUAGCUGCCUUGACAAUUCGCACGGAGCGGAACGCCCUGUACGCCAUCGCGGGCAGCUGGAUCCUCAUUCUGGGCUCGUGCGUCCCCGUGUACACAUGCCACGGCACGAAAAGGAUCAACUUCGACGACGAGAUCUUGAUCACGUGCAGCUUCCUGAACGAGCAGUGUAAUCAUAUGGCUUUCCACAUCGCCUUCAUCACCAGCAUGUACUUCCUGCCACUGACGGUGAUCGUGGUUCUGUACCUGCUGAUCCUGAACCGGCUGUGGUUCGGCAUGCAGCCCGGAGGGAACCGCAGCGCCGAGAGCAUUCGGGGCAAGAAGAGAGUGACUCGGAUGGUGGUGAUCGUGGUCGUCACUUUCAUUGUCUGCUGGUUCCCCAUCCAGCUGGUGCUGUUGCUCAAGUCCCUGGGGAUGUACCAGAUGACAACCUUCCAGAUAAUAAUGCAGAUUGCGGCUCAGGUCCUAGCCUACAUCAACUCCUGCGUCAACCCAAUCUUAUACGCAUUUCUCUCCGAUCCUUUCAGAAAAGCCUUCCGGAAGGUCAUCUCCUGCGGCCCACAGCGGCGGGCGGCGAUCAACGGCCGGACGGACUUCGAAAGGUCGAUGGAGACUCGACCUCUGCGCCCGAGUCCCAACGCCAUCCCUAUGACCAACAUGGCGUCCAGCGACCAGUUAUUGACUCCCUCGUCCGCCAUCCUUCGCCACGAGACGACCUGCACGACGACCACCAGCUUCACGAACGGCGCCGCGCGCGAGGACGGCGGCGCCAAGAGGACCCAGUCGCAGGAGAAGCUGCUGAACAAGCUGGUGGUGAACAGCCCUGCGCAGGACUACGGGGGCGUGGGGGGCGGAGGCCAGAGCGAACACAACAGCCUCGAAAGGGCGCAUCCAGAGUGACUUCCUUACGAGCGAAAGCCUUUCAAAAAAAAAAAAAAAAAAAAAAAA